ACGGCGCCUGCGCGGUGGGCGUGAUCCGGGCACUUAGGGCAGGAUGAACGCUGCUUUCCAAGAUGGCGACGGAGGGAGGAGGGAAGGAGAUGAACGAGAUUAAGACCCAAUUCACCACCCGGGAAGGUCUGUACAAGCAGCUGCAGCAUUCGGAGUACAGCCGGCCCAACCGGGUGCCCUUCAACUCGCAGGGAUCCAACCCUGUCCGCGUCUCCUUCGUAAACCUCAACGACCAGUCUGGCAACGGCGACCGCCUCUGCUUCAAUGUGGGCCGGGAGCUCUACUUCUAUAUCUACAAGGGGGUCCGCAAGGCUGCUGACUUGAGUAAACCAAUAGAUAAAAGGAUAUACAAAGGAACACAGCCUACUUGUCAUGACUUCAACCACCUAACAGCCACAGCGGAGAGUGUCUCUCUCCUAGUGGGCUUUUCUGCAGGCCAAGUCCAGCUUAUAGACCCAAUCAAAAAAGAAACUAGCAAACUAUUUAAUGAGGAAAGCUCUUGUCAGCACUUGUGGAAGGUGGAAUGGAAUGAAGGAAGAGAGAAUGAAGGUAGCAGGACCAGUGAGGAGGCCCUAGUAACUGUCCAGGAAAGAAACAGACAUGGACAAAGAUGGCGAGCCCAUGGACAGAGUCACCUGAACACCUCGUGUUUGUGGGUCCCCUCCUGGUUUCCCUGUGUCUUCCUCCGAAGGCGGCAGCCUGUUGGUUAGCUGCUUGUGAAACAGGCCUGUAGCUCCCUGCCUCAGGCCCCCACCUGGCCUGCCGGCCACCACCAUUCAGAGCCGCUUUAAGCAAAUGAUUUAACCUACUUUACCGUUUGAUUUGCUCCCAGCCUUCUGCUGCCCCCCAGGGAGCUCCAUCUACUCUAAUUGUAGGGGAGCUGCGAAACUGGUGCUCUGUCUUUCGGGGCUGCCUCCCGGCUGACCAGAGGAACAGAACUCACCAGGUUUUUGCUCUAGAGGUCUGGUGGGGCCUUUGGCUUCUUGCAGGUAUUGAUGGUAUAAGAUUGUGGGUAUAAGAUGGAGUCAUGGGUGACCAUGGAAUUGCUGUCACCUAGGAGAGACAGACUUAGAUAAACACAAGGGCCAAAUACAGUUAGUAAGGUGGUGAUAAGAGCCUGAGGAGGUGGGAACAGGUCAGAAGGACGGGGCAGCUUUGUGUCACUUUAUGGAACAGGGUAGGAUGUCCAAAUGGAGUGGUUUUAUUGCAUUUACAAAAUUAUUUUAAAAGUAUAUUAUGAAAGAUACAAAAGAUCAGUAAUGUUAUUUCUGUUGGUUUUGCAAUCAGUGUGUGAUCUUUAGCAUCAUAGCUUUAAAUUUUUAUUUUACCCAACAUGCUUCAGAGAAUAAUUCAUUACGUGCCUUAAUGAAACAUUUAAAAUAUUUACAAAUUCAAAAUAGAUGUCUCAUAACUGAAACACAUUACACCUGAGAAUUCAUUCUAACCUUGCCAUUUGUUCCUUUUUUAUCCAAAUCAUUAAGGUGACUGAGUCACCCUGCAGUCUGUAUCAUCUACUGUAUCAAUUGUGUUUAAUUUCUUAUUUAACAUUGGUUAAGCAUUAAACUUACUUAUUUUCACGUUUUAAAUAUAACAAUUUAGGGCGGGGAUUUAGUUCAGCAGCAAAAGCUCCUGGAGCCUUGCAAGCACAUGGUUGUGAGUUUGAUCCUGGUACCAAAAAAACAAAAACAAAAAAUAAAUACAACAAUUUAACAAAUUGCUAUGGCUAUAAUAGUCAAAUAAGGAGUAAAAAUUUACGGUAACAUUAUUUUCCUGAGUAAGUUGUAACAUCUUUUUGAAAAUCAUUAAGCAUUGAGGUCAAUUCAUAAAGUAAACAAUGAUGAUCAUAUAACAUACAAACCAAAAACAGUAAUUUAAAAAUUCUACACAAAGGAAAAAGCAUACACUGUAUAAAACAUAAUCCUGUUGUCUUUGGCAGCCUCAAAAAAAUACUGCCUUGAAACAAACUGUCUUAGAAAAAACUUUAAAAGUUAAUGUUAAAACCUGGCAUGGUGGUGCACGUUUGUAAUAUCAGCACUUUGGAAGCUGAGGCAAGAAGGGUGUUCCAAGUUCGAGGCCAGCCUGGGCUACAUGGUGAGAUUCUGUUUCAAGAAAACCAAAACAGUAACUUUUUCAAAGCAGAUACUUACAGCUGCAGUUAAAGCAAAAGAUGGGUUAACCUUUGCAUAUCCAGAGAAUGAUGACAGACAGUAAAAUACAUUUUACAACAGAGACAAAUACAAAGAAAGACUUAAGUGCCCAAGUGAGAAUGGUUUGUGUGACUUUAUACCACACAAGAUUAGGAAAAGAAAGAAUUGGCUGGAGAUUUAACCUAACAGCAUAAGCGCCUGCCUUGCAAGUGUGUGGUCGUGAGUUCGAUUCCUGGUACCAAUAAAAAAGAAAAAUACCACCCCCCAAAAACGGAAAAGAAAGAAAGCCUGGUUCCCAAAUGCUGACCCAGGAUGGCACACAUCUGUCAUCCCAGGAGACUGAGGCAGGAGGACUGCUCUGUGUUUAAGGCCAACCUGAACAACAUAGUGAGACCCUGUGUCAAAACAAACCUGAACCAAUGCAAAUGCACAGUAGAACAAGAUGAAGCACCUGGCAAGCCUGAGUUCAAUUCCUGGUACCAAAAACAAGAUGAAGCUGCGUCCUGUCUCUGAGACCAGCACAGGUGCAGUAGGUACGUUUCUUCUCACAGCAGUGCCAUUUAGAGUGUGCCGCAAGCCACGCGCUGGGCUCUGCCUUCCAGGCCUGCGUCCCCAAGGUGGACAGAAGGCCUUGCUGCGUGAGGAGCUUUCUGGCUUCUUGGCUUGCGUCAGUGUUCCAGGGUAUUCACUUAGGCCACUGCGUCCUGAUCCCUGUUUCUUCUUCCAAGGGACAGCACUGUAAGGAAACAAAGUUCCUCACGGGUCUGAGGUGCUAGAGAUGGAAGUGGGAAGGACAUUGAUCUCCUCGCUGCCCCCGAUGUCCAGGGAUGCGGAAGGCAAAGCCUUCCCCUCAGGCCGGCCCCUGCUUGGGCACAGUGAGAGCCAGUCCGUGCUGGUGGACACAGGAGCAGACGAUCAGGGCUUUAGGACUGGGCAGGGGCUGACGCUCAUCCUGGAGCGCUGCGGGGCACCUAGCUUGCUUUGGCUUCCGUGGCAGGGGAGCUCAGGAGGUGGGUCCGUCCCACUCCUGGUCCUGGUCCGCGGCAGUGUGGGAGUGGUGGUGCCAGGCUUGCGUGCCCUCAGAGUCCUCAGUCUUGCCGUGGCCCAGAGCACUGGAGCCUGGAAUCAGCCUUCUUAUGGACACCCGUGCGUGGGGGCUGCUACUUUGGAGUGGCUCUAGGAGCGCUGGGGCCGGGUUUCCAGCCAGUUGUGGAUCUAGUCUUGCUCUGUUGGGAUUUUCUGUUGGUGGCUUUUUCCUGUCACCAUUUAUUCUGCAGUGACCAUCUGUCAGUCACCUUUUCCCUUUUACUGUUAAGGUGAGUUGGGCUCCUCAGGUCCGGUGGGUUUUGUGAAGGACACUUUGAUGCCUGUGGGACUUCCUGCCUCUUCAGUUACGCCAUCUGCUGGGGGCCUCAGCCCUCAGGGGCCUCACCAUGCCUGCCCCCUGAGCCCUGCAGCCACUCUGCCCCCACCCUGGUGCCCUCCUCUUUGCAGGAGGCCCACGGGCCGGCUCCUUGUCCAGGGCUCCUCGCCCAGGGUAGGUUCCCUGACUCUCUGGAGUCGUAGGUGCCUUUGAGAAAGCCCGGGAAAGGACAGAUGGCUGCUCUCUUGGCCCAUUUAUCUUCCUUGGCUUCGUUCUCCAACCCUGGGUUGCUGAACACCAAAAAGAUCAGUCCCCCCAGGCUUGAGGGGAGCGGUGAGUCCUGAUCCUGACUGUGACACUUUUCCUGGGACGUGGGAGCCACCCUGAAAGGCAGAGUGUGCCCAUGGCCUGUAGAUGGCGUCAUCUCAAAUUGCCACUCAGGCCGUCUAGAAGCUCGUUCCUGCAACAACAAGUGGUAAGAGGAAAGUCGAGGCAGAACUGAGGAGCGUGAGACAGCUGUGAGUGCAGCGCGUGGAAGGCUCCUGCCAGGGUCUGGUCGCAGUGAGUUCAGCAGGUGGCAAAACAGUGGUGCAGCCUUCUCUGGAAGCGCCGUGGGGUCACAGCUGUGGCAGACAGCGUUAUACCAGCAAAUGCCUCUUGCUGUCCUCGUCACCCCUCUUCCGACAUCUGGAUGCCCCUUGUAGUGUAGCCAGUGACUGAGGGCACCCUGAGAAAGGUUUUUUGCCAACAGCUUCAGCGAGAGAGGCAUCAGUUCUCGAUUUUGAAGGCUUGGGGGAACAUAAAUGCACUUAACAUACAAAGACAUCUGUACCAAUUACGGUCACAGUUACAGAGGAGUCACAAUAGACUUCCUAUUGUGGUAGACAGAGACACGUGUGAAUGUACAUGUCCAUGUUUUUUGUUUGUCUUUAAGACAAUUGUGGGCUUGCACACGUGCCAAAACCACUUUUGAGUAAAAUUUAGAAUUUUUUUAACCGGUCUAUGCAGGUUCAUAGCACUGACAAAAAUCAAAGGAUGGUACUAGACCUCCACUUAAUAAUUUAGGGAAAAUGCUCAUGACCACAGACUUUUUUUUUUUUUUUUUUUUUUUUUUUGUCUUUUUCCUUUUUAUCAGUACCGGGAAUCGAACUCAUGACUGCCUGCUUGCAAGGCAGGUGCUUAUGCCGCUGAGCUAAAUCCCCAGCCCCAUGACCACAGACUUAUUACUGAAUGUAAAAGUAUAUUUCAUGUAUAUGAUCACAAAAGUGCUCAUUUGGUCCAAGCAGAAGGAGGCAGGCCAGGUUUUAAUGGCAGGGAUGAAUGACUGGAGGGUCUUCUCUGCAAGCCAUACCAAAUGCAAGCAGCGGAAAUGCUGGAAGCUUUACCGACCAUUUUGUGUGUUCCAGGUCCAGACACAGAGCACAGCGUGUGAGGGAGCGUGCGCUAGUUGCUGUGUGCACGGUAGCUCAUGGACCUUUAACCUCACAGGCUUUGCAUAUUCACACAAAGCUCAGGUGUACUGUAUAAGCCUCAGAUGGACGUGCAUCGCUUGUCCCAGGCUGUCAGGCACAGUCGCCUCAAGCAGUGCUAUUUAACCAGAGUUCAAGCCGGCUUUAACCACAGUUACAAAGCGGUCACUUAAGCGAUCUUCCCACAGGUAGACACUUAAACAUUGACUGCUAAAACACAGUCCCCUGGGCAGUCAAAAGCCUUACAGCAGCAGACACAAGAUAGUCUUGAUGAAACCUCAGAUCUAGCCAGACAUGUUAGUGCAAACCUGUAAUCCCAGCAUGCUGGGAGGCUGAAGCAGGAGGAUUGUGAAUUUGAGCCUAGCCAUGUCUCAAAAGCUAAGGAAAGGAAAGAGGUGCAAAAGUGAAUUUAAAAGGAAUUAAGAUAUGUACAUGAACCAGCUCCCACAGAGAAUGUAACAUGUACUACACACAUGUACUAAUAAAAAAAUAAAGGUCCCAGGAAACUGUGGCUUUAGCGUAGAUUUGUGGCUGUGAGUGCCAGGCAGUGAGGCCCUGUGUGCCUGUGGACACUCAUAAGGGUCAGGCUUGAGCUCCCACAGCCAGAGGACACCAUGCUCCUGGUGGACAGUGCCCCAGUGCAAGAUCUAGGACUGUCACCUUUGACCUGGUCCUGGCGUGCCUCCGGCCCCAGAGAUAGAGCCUGAAGUCUGGCUGCACAAGAGGGGGACUUAACUCAGUGUAGGCUGAGGCAGGCAACCCUUUUCCCAGAAGCAGUUGUUUCCCCUGAGAAAGUAGUGGUGGGGUUGGGGUGCAGCUGGUUGGGAAAGCAUUGGCGUUACCAGCUGUGGCGAAAUGAGCACCUGGGUUCAGGCAGCCACUGCAGGGCUCCGAGGGGUUUCUGGUCUCAGCCCCACCCCUGCCCGGGAAAGUUUCCUUCUCUGUAGUCGCAGGGAGUUUACCGCUUGACUAACUACUUAAAACAGUUUUUAGUAAAACAGAAAAAAAUGAGAACCCAAAGCCUUUCUUAAACUCUGUAGUGCAGUCUUAAGAAUUAUGUGUACACAGAACUAAAAGAAAUGGAAAUUAAAAAUGAGGUGAGCUUUUCAAAAAGUUGAAGAAAUGAAGCCAUUCAAGUACCCUGGUGUAAGUUACUUUCAGGAACUGAGUGAUGUUUUCAGUAGUGGUGUUGCCGCUCACCACGUUUAUUUUAUCUUUACCAGGUCAGUUAAUUGCAAGCACUGACUGACCAAGAAAAUAGGUAAAGUAGAUUAAGCCAUUCCAUUAAAUCAGAGUGCACUUUCAGAUCAUCUCGGCUAGAUUUUCCCUGGGAGCACAUGAUUGGAAGUAGCCCCAGCCCUCCUUUGCUUUGGGGAGGUUUUUUAGUACUGGGGAUCAAGGCAGGGCCUCAUGGUGUAGUUCAGGCUGGCCGUAAACUCACUCGGCCCAGGCUGGCCUCCUGCCUCAGCCUCCCGAGUGCUAGGAUAACAGGUGGACACUCUCAUAUCCAGGUACUUUUCAUUCUUAUAAAAAUGAUGACUUUUUCCCUAACAUUCUGGCUUCUCUGGCUAAUCCCUGCUAGUUAGUAUUACAGAGUUAAAACCCAUAACCUGUAGGUGAGUGAGGGAGAGAAGAAAGCCAUGUGUGGAUUCAGGUUCAGGCCCCGCAGCUGCGUUCGGCCUAAGGCAGUGACACCGAGAAACAGAUAGCAGAGUCCAAGAAGCUUGGGCCCUGCCCCAGAGGAAAACUCCGUCCAGCCUGGGGCUGUGAGGAGGAGGAUGGCCGGCUUCCCUCCAAGGCAGCCACCAUGGGCGCCCAGGGGGUGGCGAGGAGGACAGCACACGAGGAGGCCAGUAGCUGGAACCCCACUCGCAGGCCCUGGUUAGUGCACCCCAGCCAAGUCGGGUCUGGGUGAAGCCUGCAGCUGGUCCCAGCUCCUGGGCAUGCCCACACAUGGAUGCUGGGGGCUCAGCAGAGGGACUCCAGCAGCAGAGCGAGCCUCUGCUCUGUGCCCCACCGCCUCCCUAGCAUGGCCAGCUGCCUGCCUGCUACCCUCCCAGCUAGGGUUCAUGUCAUCUCUCUUCUCGGGCUGCUUAAAACCCUAACUCCAGGCUCAGCGCAGCUCUCACAUAGGCUCUUGCUGGCUGGCUCUCUGGCUGAGCAAGUGACGUGGCCCCUUCUGAGUUCCACUUAUGCCCUGACUCCAGAGGCCCAGGCCCAAGUGCCUGCCCGCAGGGGCACCGCACCACAGGCAGAAGCACAGACCGGCUUCUGGACUUAGCCCCUGCGGUUCUGGGGACUGACCUCGGCUCUGUGCUGAGCCGCAGCACCAGCCCUGACCCCCUUAUUUGUAUUAGUGAGGCAGCCCGGCAUCUGCUCUGUGAGCCUGGGCCUUGUGAGGCCAGCUCAGGGCCUUGUUAGGUCCCCGAUGAGUCCCCAACCCGAGUUUCUGCCACCCCCUUAGAGUGGGUUGGUAGCAUCUGUCUGACCUGGGAAACCCCUGACAGCCUCGAGAGUGCUGUGGCCCAUUAGCAGCUGCUUUAUAGGAAGCAACUAAGGGCCGGAAGUGUGCUGCUUGGGUGGCCGGCUGGUGACGUGUGGGCAAGUUCCCAGGGCUGUGUUCUGUACAACCAUGCCCGCACCCUUGUGGUGUUGGCAGAAGCUCUGAUCUGGGUAUGUCACAGAACAGUCUCUUCCUGGGGUUUGCAGGGCGCUUUGAACAUUGUGAACUGUGAGCUCUAAGGGAAGCUUGUCUCGUACUGGUCACUGCCGCCAGAUGGUGAGACUGUCCGGCUCUGCUGCUUUGGGUUUCAUUGCAUUUUUAAUCAAAGAAAGGAAAUUGGUACUCAACCAUCUGCUCCUUUAGAGCUUCAACGUUGGCAGAAACGAUGUCACUCCUUCGUCUCAGGCCUGUGAGAUGCCCGUUCCUGGUGCUUCCUGCGGAGGCCUGGCCUCCUGACACCAGGGCCCAGUGAAGUCUCCAGUUGCUGUUUUUACCUGUGGUCACAUUGUGACCUUUCCAGCAGCUGCUGUGGUUUUGUUACAAUUUAGCGUCCACACUGUGAAAUGCAUGUCCACUCACCUCUCGCCAGAGAAGUCUCUCCUGCCUGGUCUGUGGACAGAUCGUGCCACACAGAGCGAGGUGCUGCCAGGCCGUCAGCAGGGAGCGGUGUGUCUUCCUGUCUGCUCCUCGCAGGUGUGGUGUGGUGUGGCGUGUUCCCUGUGUCUCUUCUGCCCCUCGUGGGGAACAGAGCCUUUUCUGCACCUUCCAGGAUGAGACAGCAGGGCAGGCUUUGGCUGAGGGCUUUUGCGGAGAUGAUGGUGCAGCCCCAGCCCCCCAUCCAAGCCUGGGGCCAGAAGAGGUGUUGCAGGGAUGUCCUGCUGUGGUUUGUAGGCUUGUGCUGUUCAGGGGGGUUUUUGUUGGUUCUUACAUAGGUGGUUUUGAGGUGGGUUCCAGGGCACCCUGGAAAUUGACUUUAGGGGAGCCAGGGCAGGCAAAGUGACAGUCCCACCUCAACUGUGCCCUGGAGGGUGGCAGUGGGGUCACAGCCCUCAGCUCCUGCCGCAGCUCCCUCUCCUCUGUCCUUUGUCUUCAUCUCUGCCCUUGGCGCUCUGGUCACUCUGCUGCAGCUGUGCUGCCCGCAUGCGCUGCUCUGCCUGCCGUCCUGUGCCUUGGCCUCAAGGCAGUCCGGCACAGCCGUGUGCCACAGUGGCACCCGCGACUGCUGACCACUGUCCUGUUCCCACCCGUGCCUCUGAGCAAAGCCUGCCCGGGGCCCACAGACUCUUCCUCCUCCUCCUGGUGGUGCGCUCGGGGCCCAGACUGGUCCUGCCAGUCGCCACUUAUUUGUUGCCCUUCCUGGUCACUGUCCCUGGUCCCAACAGCAGAACCUGGGACACUCCACAUGCCUGUCCCACAGACACACAGUGGCUGUCCCCACAGGGAAAGGGUCCCCCCCCCCCGGCAUCCGGUCCACAGCUCCCCUAGCACUCUCAUGCACCUGAUGCUGGGGGAGCUGUGUCGUUAGUGCACAAGCUCCGGGGCGGCCCCACUCUGGGACUCUCUGCGGCACUCCCACAUGGUCACAGGCAGUGGCCCCAUUAUCCUGUGGAGAGACAGGCUCUGUCCUCCUGCAGUGGGAGCAGAAGUGCUUAACAUUUUCCGGAGAGGCAGUUGGUACCACCGUUAAAGUUAUAAAGAUACCCCGCUAGGGCAUUGAGCUUGCAGGUGUGUACCUCCCACCUGCAGGUCAGGUUUGGCAUCCCUGACCACGCCACACUGGGGUGGGGAGGCAGAGCUGAAUGUGCCUGCCCACUGCGAAGAAGGAAGCCUGUGAGCCCUGCCCCAGGGCGCUGACUACAGUGGAUGAGCAUAGGUGGCCAGCGGUGUGGGGGGUGCAGGAGAAGCGUAUGAUCAGGGCUCUCUCCUGCGGGCUGGCACAUGACUGAUGAGUGUGUCACCUGCUCAGAUCCACCACACCGCUGUAGGGUUGGCUGCAAAGUCAGAGGGCUCAGCGGGUACUUAGGUUGGGCUCAGGACAUGUUGCCAGCUGCUUCCUGCCCAGCGGUCAGGGCUCUGGCUUCCAGAUUAGUCUUGCCAGUGAGCGCCUGAGCUGCCCAGGGGAGCAGGUGGGGCAGGCCGGUGCAAAACCCUGGAAGAGGGUGCAGGGGCCUGGCUUCGCGGCUGCAGUUGCCCAGAAGCAGAGUGUGACAGCCAAUGAUGAAACAGUUCGGGUGCUCUGGGGGCUGCUCUUGCAUUGAGCCAAGGACGCUCUUGACUUAACCGUGACGUGGCAGUGACAAUCACUUUACUGUACCUCUGUCCCACAUCUCACCGUGCGGAACACAUGUUUUUACUUAAUAGGCUUCGCUUGUAGUUCUAAUGGGAUGUGGUGUCCUGUGGGGUUUUAAAGGUCCAAAAUAAAAUUUACUCCCAGCCAUACUGCUCGGAGUCUUCAUGUCCUUAAAAUUCUCCACACUGCAUACACAGUGUAAGAGGGAAGUGCUGCCAGAAGCCUUGGGUUUUGGUGGCAGGGCUCAGGAACUGAAGUACAGGGCAGCAGCUGCCGGUGGGUGAUCAGGGAGCUUGAGACACGGCUGUCAGGCCUGGAUUCGACUGUGGCCCUGGAGUGCGUGCAGGGCAGCCCAGUGCCAUGAGCUCCCACAGGGCACAGCUCCUGGCUGAGCAGGCCGAGCAGGAACCCUGCCCGACGGUGCCAUGUUCCCAGAUGGCUGGUGAUUUUGUAGAUAGGUCAGCAGGAGCUAAGGGAAGAAGUGGGGUGACGGUGUUGGCUGUGUCCCCAAGAGUGGGGCCUAUGACUGUAAGAGGCCCAGACUUGUUCUGUGGCAGUGAGCAACGGCCCCUGUCUGGCCCAUGGAGCCCGAGCCCCUAGCCUCCAUGCUUGCUCGUCUGGGUCGUUUGUCACCCACUUGGUUUCUGCGCUCCUGACUUGCACUGAGCUUCUGUAGUCCAUCAGUUUCCUUCCCUUCUGGAGAGGAGCACACGUGCAGAUGUGUGGCCUCAGCCAGGCAGAAGCCGUGCGUCCAGGCAGACUUGGGACGCUCCGGGCAAUUGCUGGUUGAGGGGGUCUCACGCAGGCAUCGCAGAGAGGAAUCAGCCUGGCAGAGGCUGCAGUGCCGGGUGACCUCCCUGCAGAGAGUGGGUGUUGCUCACUUCCUGUCCUCGCUCCUGUGGCCUUCACAACAAGAUGCUGCCACCUGCCUGUGAGCACAGCAGCCAGGGUGGGGCCGGGAGCGAGGCAGAGCGACAGUGGGGUUAAUCAGCCCCUCUGGCUGGGAGGAAAUUGUGCAGAGAUGCCUCAGUGAGUCCCCCAGGCCUGUGUGCCGACCCUGAGCAGCGACUGUGGGGACAGGACCCACAGUGACAACAUGGGGGGGGGGGCGUGUGGAGCUGCCGGGCUCGCAGGUCUGGGUGCUGUUCCCUGCAAAGCCCCAGGGCCGCCCCCCACCUGCCGCUUGGUGCAGAGCGGGGGGCCCCUCGGCAGCUGGGCCCUGAGUGCAAUUGCGCAGACUGCCCUCGUGCACAGGGUAAGCCAUGCACUGCUCCCUUGUGAUAACCUCUUCUCCUUUGUCU